ACUACGGAAGGGCACAUGGGAUCCAUGUGGAAGAAGAUCAGACGAGCUACAGAGAACAAAAUGUUCUGGUUCAACACCAAUAUGAAGUAUCUACCAGAUGGCGGGGCUAUCCACUUCCACCAGAUGAGCGGUGGGGUCGCAUCUGGGAGCAAACCUUCCAGGACUGCUGAGGAAAGGAGGAAAGGCAGACAAUCCAAAGGGAGCUCACAGAAUCGGCUUCACUUGCCCGAUACUCCAGAAGAGCCGUGGAGCCAGGUAAUCAGUGACACUGUUACCAAACGAGAGGAUCGUGGUUUGGAACGACACCAGACAGCCGAGCCGAUCAAGCACACGGAAGAGCAGGUGGAAGUUAUUAAAUUCUACCUGGAGUCGCGCCGACCAGGGGGAGAGGGCCACCGGGAGAGUGUCAAGAUGCUGACCGACGAGGUGUCGCAAAUUCAGGAGGUGAGGUACUGCUUGAAGACGCUCCGGGCGCAGAUGGAGGCCCGAAAGAACCAGAACCACCACCACCACAAGAAGAAUCCAGCCACUGACGUGACAGACCUAGUGUCGAAUCACAAGCCGCCCUUACCCAAUGGCGUACCUGCUCAGCAUGACUCAGAGAACCUGGUCAACCGGCACCAGGAGGAGAGCGUGACGCUCAGCGAAGCCACAAAGCGUCUGUACGUCCAGCUGACGGAGGCCGAGGACAGACACCAGGAAGAGAGGGACAGACUGAAGGCGGAGAACAGCGAGCUACAGCGCCGCCUGGAGGAGCAGACAGCGCGGCUGCAGCGGGCGGAGGGGUUGUCAGAGGACCGGGGCCGGCGGGUGGAGGGGCUGGAGCGGCUCCUGGGGAGCCUGGCGGUGGAGAGCACCGGCCUCAAAGAGAAGGUGGCCGCCGGGGAGAUGGAGCUGGGGCGGCUGAGGGAGCAGACGCAGCAGGGCAGGGAGGAGCAGCACAGGAGUGAAGCGUUGGAGAAGGAGUUGGCCAACAUGAAAGAGAAGAUCCAUCAGCUAGAUGACAUGCUGAAGAGUCAGCAGAGGAAAGUUCGACACAUGAUCGAACAGCUGCAGAACUCUCGGACCGUGAUCCAGGAGAGAGAUCGAAUAAUCGUGGAACUAGAAGAGAAAGUGGCCUACCUCGAGGCUGAGAACCGGGAAAUACACGACCGCAUGGAGUACAUCUCCGGCUCCCCGGACCCCCCACCUCCAGAACUGACCGAGUCCGAGGACAGGCAGCAGGUGGUUUACAGUAAAGUCCUCAUGCCAUCCACACAUGGCAGCUCAAAGAAUCUUCCUUACAUAAAAGUCAUCGAGAUCAAGUCCUGAGCCGGAGAGAGUGAGGGGCGAGGGAGAACGCUGUGAACAGGACCGCCUUCCUCGCUAUGCACCCGGCUGAACUGCCACAGAAUUCACCAGACUGUUAUUUGUAAAUAGGUAUUUAUUCACCCCAUUACGAUAUGUUACGGUUAUGACUGGUUCGAACGAGUCUGACAGUUGGGACGGAGUGGACUUUUGGCGAGUGCUGCUUUUGGCCGGUAACACUGUGUUGAACGCCUUCACUCUGCUCUAACGUUUAUUAUCUUAGUGAUGUGGAAUACACAGCAGGAAGGUUGGUCGUUUAUAGCAUGUGUUCAAAUCAUUGCAGGGAAUGAGGUAGAGGGCAGUGUCGUCACAGUAAUUUCUUUUUACAGUUUUCCUUUUUGCCUUUUCUUCGCCUUUCUACAGCAUCUGUUAAUAAUUAUUGUAGGUAGAUGUGUGGCAGAGAAAUGUUGACGAUCAGGUAGCAAUGUGUUUUAAGUGUGUCUGCACUUAGUUCCACUUAACUUGAGUUUAAAAGCAUUAGGGUCAACAGGGGGGGUCAAGCUCCUGAUUACUUUGCAACCCAUUGACGAUGGCAUAUAUUAUACACAGAAGGAUGCUCAUACUUCAAAGAUUCAGGUUUAACACCUCCGUAUGUACUAUUUGAUUGGGAAAUGGACAAGGAGUCUUAUGUUUCUAUCCUAGAUGAUAGCCUUAUAGUUUCGUACCUCCGGCUACCUUGACAGUACCUGGAGAUGUGAAAAAUGUAUAUAAAUACCUGAAGUUGCUAAAUAAAUCAGUCUAAAUUGAUUAAGAUCUGAUGUAUUCAGGUUGUUCGUUCUUAUUCAACUUUCUCUUAUUUAAUUAUUAUUAUUAGUUCUGUCUACCCUAACCCUGUUUUUCAAACUUCUAAGCUUUUCAUGUUUUUCUUUACUGUACAUUAAAACAAAUAUAAGGUGAUGUUAUUAUACAUUUUCUUUCAAUAAAUCCUGUUGAAUUGCG